AUACGGCUGGUGAAUGGAUUCUUAUCUUAUGCUAUAAGGGAUUUGAGGAUCCUAUAUAAUAAUGGCAGAACAAGAACUCUCAAACCCUAAUUCGAUCUUCUUUUAGUUUAUUUAAUUUGUGAGCCCAAAUAAAUCAGAUCAAGAUUGCGCAACAUGAAUCCUUGGAACCCAUGUGAUGAUUUAUACUUUCAGAUUUCAUCAUCUUCUGCUGAUUAUGACUAUUCAUCCCUCCCUAUAAUCCAAACAUCACCAUCAGCCGCGGAAGAUCAUCAUCAUCAUCAGAUCCUGGUUCAUGGAUAUGAAUAUGAUCCUGCUAUGAUGGAUGCAAGUGCAAGUGUACCACCUUGUCCAAAUCAAAAGGGAAAGCAGCGAAAAGAGUUGACUCCUAAUAAUAAUGCUUUGGGAGCAGAAGAUGGUGAUGAGAACAAGAAGUGGAUGCAUAGGGAGAUAGAAAAACAAAGAAGGCAAGAAAUGUCAAGACUUUGCACCACCUUUAGAACUCUUCUACCUUUUGAAUAUAUUAAGGGAAAGCGGUCAACUUCUGAUCACAUGCAUGAGGGGGUGAAAUACAUCAAACACUUACAGAAUAGGGUGGAAAAGUUGCAAGCCAAAAGGGAUGAGUUAGUGAAGUCGAUUAAUUUGAGACCUAAUAAGAGUGGAAGUAGUUCUUCUUCUUCUUCUACACAGCAUGUUCAUCAUCAAACCUUUGUCAUUGUUGAACCCUUCUCUGGGGGAGUUCUGAUUAAGUGCAGUUAUAGCUUCAGGAACUAUGCAUUCCCUUUAUCAGGAAUCUUGGACAUUGUGCUUAGACAAGGCCUUAAUGUUGUUGAUUGUACUUCAAUCACCACUGAUGAUCACAGGUUCAUACACACUAUCCGAUCAGAGGAUCCACAAGUGAUGACCACUGAGACUGAUGACUACACCGAACUGCAAAGAAAGCUUAAGGAAGCUAUAUCAUCAUCAAGUAAUUAGUAUUCCGCUACGAGUAAUGUUAGGUAGACCAAAAAAACAGUUACAACUUACCUUAUUUAGCAUUAAUUAAUUGUCGCAACAAUUAAUAAAUACUAAAUAAAGUAAGUUAUGGCUAUUUUUGGCUGAUUUUCUUUGGUUACCAACCAUUUCCGUUUUCGCUACAUACAUACUAGGUAUCUUUUUGUGCUUCACAAAAUUAUCUUAUGUGGCCUGGCCAGUCUUUAAUCUUUUUCGGUUAAUCAUAAUUUAUUAGUAUAUGUGGUAUAGUGCAGUAACUCAUUAAUGUAUGUCAGAUAUAAUAAUAUUAGAAUGUAGUUUAUUAGAGUCUCAAUUCAAUGUAUCUACAUUGAUACUGCCUUCAUUAAUUCUGUUAUCAAGGAUGUGUUCCAAAUUAAAUGAGUCUAAAAAGAAUCAUUUUAU